AUGGAGGAGACGACCUUCCACGACCUCUUCGAGGCUUACAAUGCCGUCGGCUCGACGGUCCACCCCGAUGUCGACUGGGACGUGGUCUUUCGUCAGCCUCUCGUUCUCGAUAACGAGGGCGACCUCUGGAUCGACGUCGGCGGCGGCGACGACGGCAGCGACGACGACGGCAACCCGGCAAACCACAAGAGGGUCUACCGCUUCAGGGUCCUGAUAUCCGGGCCGUGGCGGGAGCGGAAGCCCGCGGCCGAGGGCGAGAAGUGGGUGGUGGCGCUGCCCGACGACCACCCGCACGCCAUGGCGGUCGUGUUCGCCGUGAUGCACUGCCGAGAGGAGCUCAUCCCGAGGUAUACGGAGGAUCUGUGGCAGGCCGAAAUCAGCUCGCGGAUCCUGACGACGGCUGAGAAGUACGAUGUGCCGCAUCUGUUCUUUGCCACUGCGUCCAUCUGGGUGGGGCGGUCCUGGCCGCUCCCCAAUUAUACCAGCGACGACGGCGAGGACGACCACGCCGGGACGCUGCAGCGGCUGAACAUCCUCCGUCAGUUGUCGGCCUUGGGAAUGCUGGAGUAUAGCGUCCGGAAGCUGAUUUCGGAAAUCUCGGAGCAGAAGCUGAACGCCCUGCUCGCGGUCGCCGAGGCCGGCCCCAGGAUUGGAGUGCCAUUGUCUCUUCGGAACUUGCUCCGCACGGUGGUAAAAAGCAGGCAUGCGGCGAUCCAGUCCGCGCUGGACUUUUUGCGUCAGGUGCUGGAGGACCUUAACAGCGGCUCCGAGUCGGAGGGAGGCUACCACCCCAAUCGGGCCAGGUUUGACGUUAAGGGGUUGAUCGAAAAGCUAAUCGGAUCCCGUUCCGGCGGUGCCGCGCUUGAUCGGGGCUCCUGCAACGUUACAAUGGCCACGGAUAUCUCUCGCCGCGUGGACGAGAGCUCUGUGGUGAUUCCGAAGAAGGCCACGGACGUUCGUAGCAGCGCCAGCGACUUGUUGCACGCCAUCGGCGAUGCCCUUGGGGUGCACUCUCCCCCCGGGUCGAUGCCAGUCCCGGGACCUGCGGAGUGCAUCCAGGCCAUCCACAAGAAAUUCGAGGCUUUUGAAGCAGAGUGGCGCCACCGCUGGACGCAGGGGGAAGAGGUCCAGGACCAUGACAGAUGCCCUACUAGAUACUCCGCCCUUAAUCUAGAGCUUGUCGGCCGCUGGGAUGAUGAGGGAUACACGAUCUUAAAGAUGUCGGAAUGCGCUGACUUGGCGAUUCGUGACCUUCGUCUAGAUGCGGAGCAUCUCAGGUGGCACAAUGAUCCCCGUACUGCCUGCAAGUGUUUGAUGUUUGAGAGAUCUACUAGUAUCCCGUCGGCCCGUUGGCACUCGGAACCUACCGCAACAGAGUGCCCGGCCAGGAAGAACCAACAGGGGUAG